CGGACAGGGGCGCGCACCAAUGGGAGACCGCUCCUCCUGAGCUCGCCCUGCGCGGAGCCAAUCAGCGAGCGCGGUGCCGGUGCCGGGCCGUCCAGAGCCGGGGCUGGCGGCGGUGCGCGCCGCUGCCACGUCGGACGGGCCGGCGGGGAGCGGGAUGGCGGCACCGUGAGGGGAGCGAGGCGGCGGCGAUGGCGGCGGCGGUGCUGCUGCUGUGCUCCGCCCUGCUGUGCGCGGCGCUGGGCUGCGCGGGCGCGGCGCUGAUCCCCCCCGCGGCCGACGUGAAGGUGGAGGUGCUGCACAAGCCUUUCCUCUGCCACAGGAGGACCAAGUGGGGGGACAUGAUGCUGGUUCACUACGAGGGCUACUUGGAGAGGGACGGCUCCAUGUUUCACUCGACUCACAAGCAUAACAAUGGUCAACCUAUGUGGUUUACACUUGGCAUAAGGGAAGCUCUCAAAGGCUGGGACAGAGGGUUGAAGGACAUGUGUGUGGGAGAGAAGCGGAAGCUGACUAUUCCACCAGCCCUUGCUUAUGGAAAAGAAGGGAAAGGAAAAAUUCCACCUGAGAGCACAUUGAUUUUCAACAUUGACCUUCUAGAAAUUAGAAAUGGACCAAGAUCUCAUGAGUCAUUCCAAGAGAUGGACCUUAAUGAUGACUGGAAACUAUCCAAGCAAGAGGUGAAAAUUUACUUGAAGAAAGAAUUUGAAAAGCAUGGAGCAGUGGUAAAUGACACCCAGCAUGAUGCUUUGGUUGAAGACAUAUUUGAUAAAGAGGAUGAAGACAGUGACGGGUUUAUAUCUGCAAGGGAAUUCACAUACAAGCAUGAUGAGCUGUAGAAAGAAAAGGGUGGCAUAAUUUUUUUUGACACAAGCGGUGACUUAGACUGUCUGGUUCUCGUGUCAUCUUAGUGUUUCAGAAUUGACAAUUGCUGUUGGCAAAGAAACACUUUGUUUAUAUAAAAGAGAAUUUCUGUUCAUUAUGUACAAAUGUUUUAAACUAUUUUAAAAUGUGAAAAUGUACCUCCUCUUAUACAGCAAGGACUUGCACAUUGGUGUUUUCAAAAUUUUGUAUUAAAUUAUUUUUCAGAAGUGAA